AUGCUGGUGCUCAAACCUGAGCGUGAUCACUACAGAAGAGUGGGGAUAUUGAAUUUCCGAAAUAUCGGGGUGCAUAAGGAUCGCAGGGAUUUCACAGAGUCGAAGAGUGUCAUAAAGCGGGAGGAUGGGCGUUUUUGGAUGAAGGAUUUCAGGGAAAAGGGUGUUGAAGUGGAGUAG